AUGAUAUCUAUACAGUAUUAUAAGAGUAUCAAAUAUCAUCCAAUAAAAAAAUAUGAACCUGUACCCCCUUUAGAAAUUGAAGAAAUUGAUCAUGAUGAUCAUCAACAACAACAACAAGGUGAUGAUGAUGAAGAAGAAUUUGAACAUGAAUUUUCAUUUGAUUUACCUAUAAUACCAUUCAUAUCUCAUUCAGAAAAAAGACAUAAAGCAUUAUCUAAACUUUUAAGACUGGGGAAUCAUAAUGAUGAUGAAUUGAUUCAAAUUUUUAUAACAAUGGCUACGAUUAUUGAUCCAAUGACUCAACCAAUGGAAUCUGAUAAUCAUAUUUUGUCAAUAAAUUUAAUUUCUGAUGUUAUAAUUGGAAUUUUUUAUAAUCAAAAAUCAAUAAUACCAAAUUUUGAAUUAUCCAAAAAAUUAUUUUUGAUUAUUGAAUCAAGUUUAUUCUUUUUAAAUUGUAAUGAUGAAGUUAAAUUACGUGGAUUAAAUAAUUCAGAUUUAAAAAUUGAUUGGAGAUUAAAAUUAAAUGAAUGGACUCCAAAAUAUAAAAUAAAUGAUGAAGAUUUAAAAUUAAUUUAUUUAAUUAAUUCAGUGGCAAUUUUCAUUAUAUAUAAAAUUUAUUUUUGGGAAAAUAAUGAUUUAUGUCUUAACCCAUACUUGGGGUUUUUCUUAAAAUUAUGGAAAAUUUUCACAAAUAUUGUUUUGUUAGGUUUAGAAAUUGAUAGAAGAAUUGAAUCAGAUUCAAAUCCAAAUUCAACAACUCCAAAUAUUGUUAAACAAGUUAUAAGAGGUUCAAGUUCAAUAAGAUACAUCUUGGCAACAAUUUUAAAUGAUGAUAUCCCUAAUCGAUUUCAUGAUUUAAAUCAUGUAAAUAUUUCAAAUUUUAUAUCACCUUUUGCUCGUGAAAAUGGUGUUGGUUCAUUACAUGCAGAUGUUAGAUGGUAUGUUGGUUCCAUGUUAGCUCUGGGUUCAGAUUUGAAUGAAGUUGUAGAAACUUUAGUUGAUUUAGAACCAAAUGAUCGAUAUGAUGAAGAUGUUAGAUAUAUGUUUGAUUAUGAAUAUGAAGAUUUCCAUUAUGAAGAUAUUUUUAAUGAAAAUGAACAAGAAGAAGAAUUUAAAAAUGGAGAACCUAUAGUUUAUGAAGAUGAAGAUGGUCAUUUACAUAAAGUUAUAAGGAAAAGAUGUACUUGUGAAUUUUUCCAUGAUGAAGAUGAAGAUGAACAAGAAGAUGAAACUGAAGAUUAUAAAAAUUUAUCACCUGAAGAGAUUCAAAAAAGAUUAGAUAUUGAUCCUGAAGAAUUUAAUAAAAAUAAUGCACCAACUGCAAUAAGAUCAAAUGAUGAAAUUGAAUUUGAUGAAAUGGGUAGAGAUUGGAGAGAUAUCCCAAGAGGUGGGAAUAUUUUUUUCAAUACAGAAGUUCAAUUAGAUGAAUCAAAUUGUUUAACUUGGGAUGAAUUAAUUAAAACAUUCACCCAAAUGUCUCACGAGACAAUAGAUGAUGAAUUAUCACAAAAAGUCAUAUAUACAAUUGCAAGAUCUGUUAAAUUAGAAUUUGAAAAUGAUAUAAAUAAAAGUAUAAACGGUGAUAAUCUUUCCAAAUCUAAUGAAAUAACACCUGAUAUGAUUUAUGAAAAAUGGAGUUUUGAAUGGUUAUUUGAACCUAUACUAAGAUUUAAUCCACAGGCUGCUUAUUCAAUGCUUGAUGAAAUGUUAAUGGCUCAUGGAUAUAGAAGAGUUAUUAUAUGGUUUGUAACUCAUUUAACUUUAUCAUUCCCAUUGAUUAAUUAUAUUUGUGAAUUAUUAUUAGGUAUACGUGGUACUUCUUCUAUAGAUGAAGAGGGAAAACAUAUUAGGAAAUUUAAAUUUAGUAGACAAGGUUUUUUAGAAUUAUCAGAAAUUGAAAAAUCAAUGCUUUUACAUGAAUUUUUAAAUAAUUGUUUAGUUCACCUUUCAAAAGAUUUUGGAAAAUUUAAUGAUGAAUCAGAAGGAUCAGAAGAACAAGAUUCUAUAAAUGCAUCAAAUUUUGAAAAAAAAACUUUAACUAUCAAGAUGGUUUGUAUUUUAAUUUUUAAAUUAGAUCUUAAUAAAAUCAUUGAAUUACAAGAUUAUAAAAUUGAAUUAACUACAUUAUUAAUAAAUUGGAUUGGUUAUGUUCCUGAAGCUCGUCAAUUAUUUUUCAUAUUAAAUAAAAAUCAUCAACAAGAUCAUCCUCAUGAACAACAAGAAGAUGAAGAAGAAGGAAAAUUAAUUUUAAAACCAACAACUAAAAAACAAAAAAAAUUUAAUUCAAAUUUAAAAAUUUUAUUAAGUAAUGUCCUCAAGAAAAUUGCAGAUAAUAAUAAAACUGGGAAUUUAUUAUUUCAACCUUUUUUUGAAUUGAUUGAUAAUAAUAAUGAAGGUGUUGAUGAUGGUGUAAUAUCACAAAUAGAACCAGAAUUAAAUUAUAUUAAAGGUGAAAUUAAACCAUUGAUAAGGAAUGAAGAAUUAAAUCAUGCUAAAGUUGAACAAGUUUUAAAUCAUUGA